AUCGCCAUGUUGAAGGCUGUUAUAUUGAUCGGCGGCCCUUUAAAAGGCACGAGGUUCAGGCCGUUGUCGUUGGAUAUACCCAAACCUCUAUUUCCCGUGGCCGGUCUGCCUCUCAUUCAGCAUCACAUCGAAGCGUGCGCCCAAGUGCCUCAAAUCAAAGAAGUCCUCAUCAUCGGGUACUAUCCGCAAACCGACCUCGCACAAUUCGUCCAGGACAUGACGAAUCAAUAUUCCGAUCGGCUAAAGAUAAGAUAUUUGCAAGAGUUUACGGCUUUGGGUACGGCCGGAGGAUUGUAUCACUUUCGCGACCAGAUCCGUUACGGACAGCCCCAAGCGUUUUUCGUCAUGAACGGCGACGUCUGUGCUGACUUCCCUUUGGCCGCAAUGGUGGACGUUCAUAAAUCAAAAGACAAAGCUCUCAUAACCGUGCUGGCAACAGAAGCGACUCGACAUCAAUCUAUGCAUUACGGUUGUAUGGUCACAGAUAAGGAAACUAACGCGAUUGAACAUUAUGUAGAAAAACCAUCGACGUUUGUAUCGACUCUAGUCAAUUGCGGAGUGUAUCUUUGUUCCACCGAACUGUUCCAGACAAUUUCGGUGUUUGCGUCGGGCGCUUGUUCUGUUUCGGCCGGAAACGAGGAUUCGUACGUGUUUGGCAGCAAUCAUGAUGUAAUUCGGUUGGAGCAAGACGUGCUCAGGCAUUUAGCGGGCACGGGACGUGCGUACGCCGCACCUACCCUGAACUGGUGGUCUCAAUUGAAAACGGCCGGCGCCGCGAUAUACGCCAAUCGUCAUUAUCUGGCCCUGAAAAACAACAUGGGUAAUCUGCCUACAAACACCGGCGGCUACACCACUCUGGGCCAUGUGUACGUACACCCUACGGCCAAAGUCCAUCCGACGGCGCUGUUGGGUCCGAACGUCAGUAUUGGGGCCGGAGCACAGAUCGCAGCCGGCGUACGCAUCAAAGAAUCGAUUAUCUUACAAGACGCUUGUAUAUCGCAACACAGUUUGGUCAUGCACAGCAUCGUCGGCAAGUCGGCCAAGAUUGGAGCGUGGUGUCGGGUAGAAGGCACUCCUUGCGGCGAUCCGAAUCCCAACAAGCCGUUUGCGAAAAUGGACCAGUUACCGUUGUUCAAUGCCGACGACGGCCGUCUCAACCCGAGCAUUACGAUUCUGGGUUGUAGCGUCAUCGUGCCGCCAGAAAUUAUACUGUUGAACAGCGUUGUGUUGCCGUACAAAUCGUUGACGAGGAGUUUUAAAAAUGAAAUCAUUUUGUAAAAUGUGUAUAACUUAUUCCAUUGUUUUAUUUUAAUCUUACGCAUUCAAAAAAAAAAAAAAAAUUAUAAUACUAAGUUCUACCUGACCUACCGUUGUAGGUCGAUACGUAAUUGUGUAUCUCGUUAUAAGACAACUCGUUACGUUUAAGAUUAAUAUAUUAUUGUUGUAUAGAAUAUAAUUUAGAAGAGAUAUAAAUUGUUAUAAAAUAAUAACUCGACUGUAAAACGAAUUUUUUUAUUGCGUUCGCUUGAAAAAUGGUGAAAUUGUGAUUGUAAUUUUGCGUUGAAAUGAUAAUACAUUUCGGCGACUCGAAUUAAUGGAAAACGUACUGUAACCGACAAAAACAAAAAUUUAUAAGCCAACAGUUUAAUUACACUCAAAAUAGAUACUCACAAUCAUUUUUUUAGUUUUUAAGUUGUCAAAAAAUGUAUUAUGAUAAAAUUGUGUUAUCUAAUCUAAUUUUAAUUUAAAAAAAAAUUCAAAUUGGCAAAUUGUAAUUUUUUUAUCUGUUAAAAUAGACGUUCUGUGAAUGAUUAAGAAGUAAAUUUGUACAAUUUCAAACAACUCGUUAUUUUCUGUGCGACUAUAAAACAGUGUCAAGUACACUAAAUAUUUAAAUUAUCCAAUCAAAAGAUGUCCUGCAAUAAAUACUAAGAAUACAGGAACAACACAUUGUUGUAUGUAUUUCAUAUUGUCUUAUAAGAGUAUGCUGUUGUCAAAUUAAUGUGUUUUAUUUCUUUAAAUAAACCCCUUUUGAUAAUACUUAAAGCAAUAAAACUGUAUGGUAAAUUGUUAAUUUUCAAUUGGUCUUUAUAUUUU